AGGCGUCACCUCGCUCCUGCGCACACCUCCGGUCCGGAUCCGGAGCUAUUGGAGCUGAACACUACAACUCCCAGAAUGCUAAGCGAAUCAUUCUACUAUGCUUCUAGUACGCAUGCGCACAUGCGAGAGCUUGCGGGUCUCUUCCGUACACUAGGUUCCUGGAUGAGGAUGACUGGGAGAUGGAGUCUUCUGCCUUUUCCUCGCUUGUACGUGACCCGGAAACCUUACUGGCCAUCGUGUCCUCUGUGGCGCCGGCGCAAAGCAGAAGAGGGGCGGGUACGCCGCAAAGCAAGGGCGGUCGGUGGAGCCGAGAAGCUGUCAGAAGCUGAGCAGUAGGGGCUUCUUGGCAGGUGAUGGCGCCCCUCGUGGCCUAGAAGUCCAGCGCCCUCCGUAAACUGCAGACCCGCCUCUCUCCGUUGUUUCUGGUCAAGUCUCCGGGUCACUUUGAACAUGUUGGUGCGGCUAACCAAGCUCUCCUGCCCUGCGUAUCAGUGGUUUCAUGCCUUAAAAAUUAAGAAGUGCCUACCUCUAUGUGCUCCAAGAUGCUCUUCAACAUCUGCUGUACCUCAAAUUACCACUCACUACACUGUUUAUCCCCGGGAAAAAGACAAAAGAUGGGAAGGAGUGAAUAUGGAGAGAUUUGCAGAAGAAGCAGAUGUGGUAAUAGUUGGUGCCGGCCCAGCAGGGCUCUCUGCAGCUAUUCGACUAAAGCAGCUGGCUGCUGAACAGGAAAAGGACAUCCGUGUGUGUCUGGUGGAGAAAGCUGCUCAAAUAGGAGCUCACACACUCUCAGGGGCUUGCCUUGAUCCAGCUGCUUUUAAAGAGCUCUUCCCAGACUGGAAGGAGAAGGGGGCUCCACUUAACACUCCUGUAACAGAAGACAGGUUUGCGAUUUUAACAGAGAAACACAGAAUUCCUGUGCCAAUUCUUCCAGGUCUUCCAAUGAACAAUCAUGGCAAUUACAUUGUACGCCUAGGACAUCUAGUGAGCUGGAUGGGAGAGCAGGCGGAGGCUCUUGGAGUUGAAGUGUACCCUGGAUAUGCUGCUGCUGAGGUCCUAUAUCAUGAAGAUGGUAGUGUAAAAGGAAUUGCCACUAAUGAUGUAGGAAUACAAAAGGAUGGUGCACCAAAGACAACAUUUGAGAGAGGACUGGAAUUGCAUGCCAAAGUCACAGUCUUUGCAGAAGGUUGCCAUGGACACCUAGCCAAACAGCUUUAUAAGAAGUUUGAUUUGAGGGCCAGCUGUGACGCCCAGACUUAUGGAAUUGGUUUGAAGGAGUUAUGGAUUAUUGAUGAAAAGAAGUGGAAACCUGGGAGAGUAGAUCACACUGUUGGUUGGCCCUUGGACAGACAUACUUAUGGAGGCUCUUUCCUUUAUCAUUUAAAUGAAGGCGAACCUCUAGUAGCUGUUGGUUUUGUGGUUGGCCUAGACUAUCAGAAUCCAUACCUGAGUCCAUUCCGAGAGUUCCAGAGGUGGAAGCAUCACCCCAGCAUCCGACCAACCCUGGAAGGUGGGCAGAGGAUAGCCUAUGGAGCCAGAGCGCUCAAUGAAGGCGGCUUGCAGUCCAUACCAAAACUCACUUUUCCUGGUGGCUUACUAAUUGGUUGUAGUCCUGGUUUCAUGAAUGUUCCCAAGAUCAAAGGUACCCACACAGCAAUGAAAAGUGGAAGCUUGGCAGCAGAAUCCAUUUUUAAGCAACUAACUAGUGAAAAUCUCCAGUCAAAUACGACAGGACUCCAUGUAACUGAGUAUGAGGACAAUUUGAAGCAAUCCUGGGUAUGGAAAGAGCUAUAUGCUGUUCGAAAUAUAAGGCCAUCCUGCCAUGGGAUACUGGGAGUAUAUGGAGGGAUGAUUUACACUGGAAUAUUUUACUGGAUAUUUAGAGGAAUGGAGCCCUGGACUCUAAAACAUAAAGGCUCAGACUCUGAUCAACUCAAACCAGCCAAGGACUGCACACCCAUUGAGUAUCCAAAACCUGAUGGACAGAUCAGUUUUGACCUCUUAUCCUCUGUGGCUCUGAGUGGUACUAACCAUGAACAUGACCAGCCUGCACAUUUAACCUUGAAGGAUGACAGCAUACCUGUUAAUAGAAAUCUGUCAAUAUAUGAUGGGCCCGAGCAGCGAUUCUGCCCUGCAGGAGUUUAUGAAUUUGUUCCUUUGGAACAAGGUGAUGGAUUUCGAUUACAGAUAAAUGCUCAGAACUGUGUGCAUUGUAAAACAUGUGAUAUCAAAGACCCAAGUCAAAAUAUCAACUGGGUGGUCCCAGAAGGAGGAGGAGGACCUGCUUACAAUGGCAUGUAAAGCACAAGUGCCUUCAUUUACUGGCAUAUUUGAUAGCCAGUCUCUAUAAACUGUAAAUGUAUGCCAAACUAACUUCCUAUAUGUUUAGAUAACUUCUGAACAAGUGUCCUUCAAACAUUAUUGAAGUAAAAAACUCUCUAUCUAAAAUUGUCCCACAAAAUCAUGAAAUAUUUGUCAUAAAUAAAACUUUAUAAAUAAA